AUGUCUUGGAUACAAGAUAUCGCUAUAAGGUUUCACAAUAAUCUACAAUUUGUUGUUAAAUUUAAGGCAGUGUCUGUUUACACGCUCCACGAAAGCAAUUGUGGAGCUCAUGAGAGGGCGCUCCUCAACAAUCUCCUGGCCAAGUACAACACCCUGGAGCGACCAGUGGCCAAUGAGAGUGAGCCGCUGGAGGUCAAGUUUGGCAUCACGUUACAACAAAUUAUUGAUGUGGAUGAGAAGAAUCAAAUUCUUACAACGAAUGCGUGGCUCAAACUGGAGUGGACGGACUACAAUCUCCAGUGGAACGAGAGUGACUACGGCGGGGUGAAGGACCUCAGGAUAACGCCGAAUAAGUUGUGGAAGCCUGACGUUCUCAUGUACAACAGUGCGGAUGAGGGUUUUGACGGGACGUACCAAACAAACGUGGUGGUCACGCAUAACGGCAGUUGCCUGUACGUCCCACCGGGCAUCUUCAAGAGCACAUGCAAGAUAGACAUCACUUGGUUCCCCUUUGACGACCAACACUGUGACAUGAAGUUCGGAUCCUGGACCUACGACGGCAACCAGCUCGAUCUCAUACUCAACUCGGAGGAGGGAGGUGACUUGUCCGAUUUCAUCACGAACGGGGAGUGGGACCUCAUCGGAAUGCCUGGCAAGAAGAAUACGAUAAUUUAUCAGUGCUGUCCAGAGCCAUACGUCGACGUUACAUUCACGAUACACAUUCGCAGGAGAACGUUGUAUUAUUUCUUCAAUCUCAUUGUGCCAUGUGUACUUAUAUCGAGUAUGGCACUGCUCGGUUUUACGCUGCCACCAGACUCCGGGGAGAAGCUCACCCUAGGAGUGACCAUUCUACUGUCGCUGACAGUCUUCCUGAACCUCGUUGCCGAGAGCAUGCCGACAACGUCGGACGCUGUCCCAUUAAUAGGAGUGACCAUUUUGCUAUCGCUCACGGUGUUCCUGAAUCUAGUUGCUGAGACCCUGCCACAGGUCUCCGACGCAAUACCCUUGUUAGGGACAUACUUCAACUGCAUUAUGUUCAUGGUGGCAAGUAGCGUGGUACUCACCGUCCUGGUACUCAACUAUCAUCACAGGACGGCCGAUAAUCACGAGAUGCAGCAAUGGGUGAAAACGGUGCUUCUGCAGUGGCUACCCUGGAUGCUGUGCAUGCACAGACCGGGGAAAAAAAUCACGCGGAAGACUAUUAUGAUGAGCAAUAAGAUGAGGGAGAUUGAGCGGCAUAAUAAAUCUAGUAAGAGCCUCAUAGCCAAUGUCGCUGAUAUGAAUGAUGAUUAUCGAUGCAGGAGCACCAUCGGAGGGGGACACGAUACACCUGGCAGGCCAUCAACAGUCGAUGAAACAGCUGCAUCAAUGCCACUCAGUGGAACGCAGAGGGAGCUCCAAACGAUUCUCAAGGAGCUGCAGUUUAUCACUAAGAGAAUGAAAAAGGCUGAAGUCGAGGCGGAGAUCAUCAGCGAUUGGAAGUUUGCUGCGAUGGUCGUUGAUAGGCUAUGCCUGAUACUUUUUACGAUGUUCACGGUGAUCGCAACAAUAGCCGUGCUUUUAUCAGCGCCACAUAUAAUCGUCCAGUAG